AUGUCUGCCGACGAACAGGGCCACUACGAGGACACGAAGCACUCUGUUCAGAGCGUUUAUGGUAACGGCCCUUUGAGAGCGCUCUUUCGGCUUCACAUGCAGUCCUCUGAGGAUGGGCACGAGGUCGAUGAUUGGUCGCGCCUGCAGAGUUGGAUUCCGCGAGUUCCAGGGGUCGCCGCGCGCGCGAGCGAGCCCGGGGAAGCGCCCGCCGAUCCCGUCGGCGACAACAGCUCCCUACAGCGACGGUUGAAUCUUCCAGGCGCAGCUACGUGCAGUGCGGAAUUCGACGAGUUCAUGAUGGAGGUAGACAGCGAGCGGAGCUGGCUGGAGAGUUUGACGGCAGACCCUGAGCCGCCUGCCGAGAGCACACUCGUGCAGACGGAGGCGGUGAAAACAUUCAUAGAGAAGAAGCACGCCUCAUGGGAUCCGUACUUGAAGCGGAUUGCCCUUGGGGCGCUAGCCAUGUAUCGACGUUGGCUAUCCGAUGUCUACGUUCGAGAGCACGUCAUGAUGAUGCACAUCAUACUUGGCGGUGGCUACCUCGUCGCUCACGAUGGGGUCAUGUAUUUCUGGAACGGGAAUAUAAGGUUCUUCGAGAAGUACGAGGACCUCAUGCCAGAGAUUGUGCAUGCUGCUCUGAAGGGGUACCUCUUGACUUUAGAAGGGCUUUUCUGGUCUAUCACUUGCGAGGUUCGGCGGGGCGACGAGGCCGCGAUGUCCGCAAUCGAGGGGUCGUUGGAGAAGAACCGGCCGGAGGCUCGGAAGGCGUUCGCCGCGCGGCGCGACAACGCCAUCUUCAACAAAGGAGGCAAGGGCGGCGGCAAGGGCGGCGGCGUGGGAGGCGCGGGGGAAUCUGCCGCUGAAUUCGAUGCUCUCUCGCAGGUAGAUGCACGGGGGCUGGAUGGCGAUGCGCCCGCGCCGGCGGACGACAGCGCCGCGCGCAGUGCGACGUGUUAUAUCACGAUCGCAGCGAGCGUUGCUCGAGUCGGGCGAAGCUUACAGAUCCAGACGAUUCAGGACAAGUUGCCGUCGUUUUGCUGCGAGUGGUGCGAUACUCCGCGCCCCUCGCACAGGGGCGUCGCCGGCCCCGACGUCGCGUUCGUCUACGACCUAGACGGAACCCCGGCGAAGCAGAGCGCGAGGGGGAGUGAACGCAAGAGCAUAUACAUCGGCAUGCCGCACAAAAUCAAGGCUUGGUUGGGCGACCCGGCCUUGGAGGCGGCCGCAGCGAGAGUGGACCAGUUCCACGGGCAGACAUUUUGGGCAAACGCCGCCGCGCACGAAGUGUGCAUGGCCGCCCUCGCUCUGGCGAACAGAGGGUUGAACGUCGACCAGCUGUUCUUCUCCUGGGGGGCCGGCGGCGUCGGGCUUUCGCUGGCGACGGCCCAUCUCGACGCCAUGCUCAGCCACUCCAACCACAAGUAUUUCGACCCGCAGGUGUUCUAUCUCGACGAGGAGAUGCGGAAGACGGUGGAGUCGCUCAAAGGCACGAUCGUUCUCACGGCACAGGAGAAGCCAGAAGGCUUGAGGAAGAGCUCCCGGGAGGAUUUGUUCAAGAAGCUGGCGUCUGCCGACGGCAUCUUUGGUAGGCUCCCGUAUCAAAUUCUGAAAGUUACAUACCUGGUCGGAUGGAAACGCAUGGAGCUCAACAAGCUCAUCACUUUCGACGGAGUCACUGAGGGUGCAUUCCACGCCAUCCGGAGGUCUCUUCUGAUCCAGAUUUAUGCUAGGUUCGUUGAUGCGGAGUACAUCAGGCGCGUUCUGCCAGACGCAGAGAAGUACGGCAUCUUCCCGCGGGCGCCGGACCUGAAGCCGUUCAUGCAUUCAGGGCCGAAGCCUGGCGGCCAGAGAAGCGCGGCUGCCCCGCCGCCCGGCGUCGACUUCGAGGUCGGAGCGGGCGCGUCGCAAGAUGCGGCGGCGCCGAUGGAAUCCUUGCGCCGCCACCUCCUCCAGCAGACGCUCGAGCGGAAGUUCGACGCCCUGACGUUCUCCUAUUUCAAGCAGGUUCAUACGGUGCAGAUCCAAGGUUUGCCUGAGAGGAAAACCACAGUGUGGCAAGCGAUGGAUUCCGCCAGAUGGGCGGAACCCGGGUCGCAAGGCAAGGCGAAGGACAGACUUUUCCCGAAAUUGCCCCUCGCCCGCAAGUUCAUCGAUGUCGUGCCACCGCCGAGUUUGGAGGAGCCGACCGCCCUCCCAGAACAGUGGGACCGCGCGGCGCUGCAGCGCUACGCGAACGGCAACGCUUGCCGCAGGCACAACGUCGAAAUCACGGUGGCGGUCCUGGGGUCCGUUGCGAAGCAGCGCGGGCGGAAAAGCCGCGCGAACACCGCUGAGGCGGGCAGCGACGCUCACCUGCGCGAGAUCGGCGUGUCAAUCCAGGCUGCGGAGGCGACUCUGGGCGCGAUGCUGGAGAGCGCGCGCGAGAGGCCGACGGUGGCCACCGCCGAGCAACCAUAUGCGAAGAGGAGGAAAAUCGCUGUGAAGAAGAGCUCUAGCGGCGGCAGCGACUUGGCAGAGCGUGCCAUCCCUUACGUUUGCAAGCGCGCUGCGGCCCGUUGCUUCGCGGACGUCCCGGCAGCGCAGGGCUGCCCGACGCGCGUGCUGUUUCCGAUGCUGCAGGGCACUGUAGAUCUCGACAUUCACUGCGCGGUUCUGACAAUCGCCUGGCAACUCGUGGAGAAGAUGGACCUGGCGGAGAAGGAUCUGUUCAAAGAGGAGUUGACAUUGUUGAAGCAGCUGGCCGAGGACAGAGACGAGAUAUUGCAGAAGGAGUUGAAGAGCAUGGGGCACCAUGCGGCCAAGCGCUUCGUGCUCGAGACCAUCGGCGGGUCCGGAGCUUUCGACGUCGACGCCGAGCCCUUCGCCAAAAAGCUGCAGCGCGUCAGCCGCGUGCUGCGUUGGGUGGCGUGCUCUGCGUUGCCCGAUGUAUACGAAAGCUUUUGCAGCGACGCCGAGCAGCGCGACGACAAGAAGAAAGAGAAAUGGCCGGAGGGGCAGACAUUCUCCACUUUCUACCAGCGCGCAGAGGACUGCAUCCUCCGCCAGUUUCAGACGUGGGUGCUCAUGCAGCCGGUGGCGCAUUUGUCCUUGCACUUCGACGGCGUGAGGGUCAGCAGGGACGCGGUGUUCGCCGAGCAUGCCACGGUGGCGGACUACGCCGCUGACGCGAGUGCCUACAUCGCGCAGGAAACAAGCUUCGUAGUGAAGAUUAAAGAGAAGACCCACCCGACGAUCGCAGAGGCGCUGAUGAGCUGCGGGGCGUGGCGGCCUCUGGAAGCGGCAGCGGCGCCUGGUAACCUGCUGAAGCCCGGCAAUGGCAUUCUAUUAGCGCUGUGGCGAUGCGGCGACGACAGGGCGUCCGUGUCCGUCCUCUCCCUGGCAGGCGCCACCUCAGUUGAGAACAAUGCCGCCAGCGUCGACAAAGGGAGAACUUACGCGGAAUGUUGCCUGAGCCACAAGAUUUCCAUGAUGCCCCAUUUAGGUUUCAAUGCGAAAGAGGAUGGGCCUGAUCUGCUCCACCUGGAUGGGGGCGGAUCGCCGUCUUGCGCACUCGUCCACGUUGAGAGGGCGCUCGACAAGGCGUCGGUUUGUUUCAAGGACAAUGCUGGAGGGGUGGGUCUGUCAGAUGUCCAUGAUGCCCUUCUCGCGGGGCGAGACUCGAGGAUAGCAGUCGCGUUUCGCGUCGAUCUGUGCCCGGCGGCGCAGGCGCAGGCGCCCGACGAAGGCGACGGCGACGCCGGCCCUUGGCGGGGCUCUCGGGCAUGA